CGAGCUCAGCCGACAUGCCCAAACUACAGCGAAAUCUCGGGCCCAGCGCCCCCAACAGUCGUGUUCAAGCUAAGGCAGGAAUAUUAUCUGCGGUCUUCCACGCGGCCAGCUCAGAAUUUGAUGGCGGCCGACACUGUUGAAAAGGGCGAAGCAGCAAGACGCUGAUCAAAAGAGCUGACCCACUGCACUGUGUGUGAGCUGUGUGAAAGUGUGAGCGCCACUGAUUUUGAUGACACUGCACCUGCCGGAGUCGCCUGAAGAGGGGCGAAUCGCUGUACCAGUGAUCUAUAUAGAUCACGGUCACGUAGCCAGUGCUGAUACUAUCUACUAGUCUGACUAGUACAACACAUGAACACAAGACCGUGAGCUAUGGUUAGCAGUGCAUAGCAAUUCGCCCACACUAGAUUUCGAUCCCAAGUUCUCAUACUUCUCGCAAAAACAGAUUGCAGCUCAAUUGAGCACCCUGGCGUGGCCCCAGUCCGCCUGCUCAAAGUUUUCUCCCUCCCUUCUCUCAGCUGCAGACUGCGCAGCAGCACCGCUGAGCUUCACAACUCACCACCAACACCACCUCACUUGCUCGCUCGGCCAGCUGUCGUCUCUCAACAUGGCAGUGUCAACCCUCGCUUGUGCCAUCAAGAUGCCCGCCCUGGCGUCCGGCCUCGCCACCAUCUGCAGGUCCAGGCAGUCCACCUCAUUUGUGCAAAAGGGUGGCGCAGUCUACGCCAAUGCUGCGAGGGGCGCCCGCGUGUCAAUGACGACCGAUGAGAGGCCGAUGUGGCUGCCGGGCGUUGAAGCCCCGCCGUACCUGAACGGCAGCCUGCCCGCUGACCGUGGAUUCGACCCUCUCAAGCUCGCGGAGGAUCCCCGUCUCGCAACCCGCUUUGUGGAGGCUGAGGUUUUCCACGGGCGGCUUGCCAUGCUGGCUACCGUCGGCGCCUUCGUGCCAGAGGCGAUUGGACGCGAGGAUUGGUACACUGCCGCGCACAAGGCCAUCGACGCUGGAGGCAGCUCCUUCAUCCUCGCAAUUCCUCCUUUUGCGAUCCCGACGAGCUAUCUGGGCAUCGGCCUCUUCCACCUGGUCGCCAUUGUGGAGCUCUCCCGCCUUUUCCGGGAGGCCAAGAACGGCUACGACGAUGACAUCGAGGGGGUCGGUAUCUACCCUGGGUUUGACCCCCUGGGCCUGACUACAGGAGAGGACGUGACGGCCGACGAGAUCAAAAUCCUGAGGGAGAAGGAGAUUAAGAACGGGCGGCUCGCAAUGAUUGCGGCCGGAGGCUUCCUGCACCAGGCGCUCCACACUGGGAAGGGCCCGUACGCCAACCUGAUUGACCACCUGGCCGACCCCUCCCACAACUGGUACUUUGGUAGCUAAACGUUCUGCUCAAAUACGGGGUGCUGUCGCUCUUGACCAUGUUUGGCUAGGUGCCCCAUAACCAGCUUUUGUAUGAUUGUAGACCGCUUAACCAGGGGCUAAGCAAGCUUGGUUACUUGAGGAUUUUCUUUAGCCAUGUGACAAGGCGCCUCGAAACGUACAUAGCUGCUUUGCGCUCUACAUCUUUAGAGAGCGUUUAACCGACUGCACCCAGCAAGAAGGCGUGUUGAUGGAUUUAGGAGGACGUUACUUUAGUUUGUAAAGUGCUGAACUUGAAGUAUCGUUCGCUUGAUGUUGUAAAUUAUGACGACCCACCAGAUUAUAGCUUAACUAUCUCAGCGAAAUACUUCAGAAAUAGAGAAGUUUGAGUGUUGGGUGCAGCUCUUCGACGGAAUAUCAACAUCUGGAUUGCUCAUGUUUGAAUUAGGCGAAUGGAGCUAGCAUACUGAGGGCGGGGGGGAGGGCGGGUUUUAAAACGUACUGAUUCGGAAGGGCUUGCUUGGCAGAGGCAAGGCCGCCGCUUUUGGUUCUUGCAAUCCUUUCAAAUGAAACAUUUCGCCUCUCAGAAGCGUUUUAUAGCUCGCUUCGCU